AUGGCUGAAUUGCAGGUGGCUCCUUACAUGUGGAUCCUAGUCCUCUUCUUUCUCAGCCUGCUUCAACCCACCGAACCGGUCCGAAAUGCCUUGGAUGGACCCACCCUGGAGCCUGGGCAGCCGGUGCAGCCAACGGUGCAGCCAACGGUGCAGCCAACGCAGCCGCCAAACCAAACAGAGGAAUGGCGCCCGAGCACAGUGACUGAAGUGGGCAAGUGUUCCAUCAAGCUGGGCGACCACUUCGAUGCCGCAUCCAGCAUACUCUUGCCCUUAGACCUGGCCUGGCUUUCGGGCUCUGCGUUGAUCGCCUUGGCCCUGAUCCUUUGGACACCUGAUGGGCUCUCCACUAGAGCAGUGGGUGCCCACGGAGAGGCGCCGAUGGAGGAAGGCGCAGAUGAAGGCGAAGGUGGAGAGGAUUCAAGGUCACCGGACUCCAAAGAUGCACCUGAAAGCACCUCAGGUGCGGAAACAGUUCAACGCCCGAAGCUCGAAGCCAUCGGUUGGCAUCGGGUGGCCUUUGACUCGAUCACCAGCCAUGCUGCGGGCAUCGUCGGCUUCAUUGGCUUUCAAAAGAUUGUCGUGGCCAGGAUUGUGGCGCUCAGCGAUGCAUGCGAUCUGUGGUCCAUAGAGAACAUUUUGCUCUACACUACCCUGGCACUGUCCGUGGUGGCAGUUUUUGCCAGCUUCGUGUUCCUGGGCGUGGACUAUGCGCGGCGCUUGGCGAUCUAUGCGGCGCAGCGGAAGGGCUAUCAGCUCACGAUGAAGCCAAAGGAUCUGAAAGAGACAGGUCUUGGCAUUGCCAUCAUCCUUCUUGGUUUGCUGAUGCUGUUCCUCUAUGGAUGUGUGAUCGUCGAAGAAGCGGAAACCUCGGAUGCGGAGCAGCAGGAGAUGGUCAUUGACAAGCGUUGGGUGGUCGUGGACAUUGCCGCGGGUGGCAUCGCAUUGGCCCUGUUCUAUUUCAACCUCCGUGGCCUGCACCGUUCACCCAAGAUGCAGUUCGAUGCAGCAUGCCAUGGAGAACACAAGUUGACUCUCGAGGAGUUCUUGGAAGGGGAAUCUGGACAAGGCAUGGCGACCAAUGUGUCCGAUUACGCUUCCUUGGCCGACUUCCUUCAUUGGCUCGCAGGAGAAGAUUUGGUCUUGCUGGCCUUCAAGGGCACUCGCCACGCGAUUUUUCCACAACAACGUCGUGGACCUUUAGUGCACGUGGUUUGUGGUGUCCUGGCGAUUGGCGCCUUUCCACUCCUGGUGCAGCUGGGCGCUGAGCGGUUCUUUGGCUAUCCCGACCUGGUGGAGUUGAAAAGCACCACUGGGACCAUCGCAGAGAUCGAACUCGAUGGAGUGAUGGAGAGACCCAGCUGGUCACUGCAGACUUUGCAGACGCUGGUGAACCCCAAGGCUCGGCGAAAGAAGUUUGUCUUCCUUGGCGAUGAGAUGGCGGCGAGACUCCAGGUGAGGACAACUUACCAGAAGACCUCGACGGUUCAGCUUUGCUGCCGCAAUGGAGAGAUUGGACAGAUUCCCUGUAGCAGUGGGAAGCUCAAUCAUCGCUUGAUCAAGUUUUUCACCCAGCCUGUGGACCUGGAUGUUCCGCCCAAUGUAUCCAGCGACUGUCAACUCAUCUUGCAAGGCUUUAGCAGCCGUGCAGUGACCCAUAUUCCUGUGGAGCUGACACCAAAGCGAGAACACCACCUGUGUGACUGCACGCUGGAGGGCUGCAAGUGCUGUGGAGGGUACAAAGGAUCUUUGAGGUUUAACUCCUCCAGGUCCUUGGAGAUCCCGGCCAAGGGCUACAAGAGCUUGAGCAGUCUUUGCACUCCUGCACGUUGCGAUGUGGCCAAGUCAACUGGAGAAGCUGGACCCAAUUGCAAAUGUCAAGACAAAUAUGUUGGCCAAAUCCUGUGGAACGGCUCCAUUGCCAUGGGCAAGUGUGAGCCCGCACCCUGCAAGGGAGACUUGCUCAAUGGACUGCCAGGACCUGACUGCAGCUGCAAAGAUGGUUACACAGGCAAGACGAGGAUGGUUGAAGACUUCAUUUCUGUUUUUCCUGGCUGCUUGGAAGCGGAAUGCAAAGUUCCCAACUCCACCGGCAAAGGCCCGAAAUGCAAGUGUCAGAAUGGUUUCGAAGGAGACAUUAGAUGGAAGGGUGCUGAGGCGCAUGGCUCUUGCAAGCCUGCUUGGUGCAACGUAUCGAACUCCAACCAAAAACGAGGGCACCAGUGUGCAUGCUUGGAGCUGUACCAAGGCAAGAUCCACUGGGAUGGAGCAAUUGCAAAAGGAACAUGCGAGCCAAUGACAUGUGUGGGGGAAAAUGUGAAUGGUCUACGAGGACCUGACUGCACUUGCUUAAAUGGCUACCGGGGAUCAGUGUUGCCGAUCCAGCUGCCAAUGGAUGGUUCCGGAGUGGCAGGGUUUCUAAAAGGAACCUGCAAAGCUGUGCCUUGCAACAUUAUCAAUUCAAAUAAGGUUUUAGGUCCUGGAUGCCAAUGCAAAGCGGGAUUCAAAGGAAACAUCACAUGGAAGGGACCAGUGCCCUAUGGGAGUUGUGAAGCUUCUCUUUGUGACAUUGCUAAUUCCAACGGGAAACCAGGCCCUGCCUGUAAAUGCAAGUUUGGUUUCGGUGGCAAAGUCCAAUGGCGUGGCCCUCAAGCAUUUGGAACUUGCUGGCCUCUCCAUUGUGCGGGGCAGCAUGUCAAUGGUGUUGCAGGCCCUGGCUGCAGCUGUGCCGACGGUUUUGCUCCUGCUGGAAAGUUUGCCUACGCCUACACAAACCUUGCAUCACCAGGGAUAGCGAAUGAUAUUCAGGCAAUCGUCUUCAGAUAUUCGGGCAGAAUCAACUCAAUGGUUGGAAACUGCUCUGAGGCACCUUGCACAAUCGAGAACUCCAAUCGUGCUCCAGGUCCAUCCUGCCGCUGCAUGGACGGCUAUAGCGGCAGAAUCUCUUGGAAGGGCUCGAUCGCACAAGGCAGAUGCAAGCCCGCGCUUUGCAACAUUGCGAAUUCCAAUUGGAAUGGAGGCCUGGACUGUCACUGCCUCGACGGGUACCGGGGCCACAUCUCUUGGAAUGAGCACCAGCCAUCCGGAUCAUGUACAGCGGUGCCUUGCCGGAUUCCGCACUCAGACUUCGCACCGGGUCCUGAAUGCCAAUGCUUGCCAGGAUUCCAUGGCCAAAUCAAAUGGAUUGGAACACAGGCGACUGGAGAAUGCCUUCCUAUCCCAAGAUGUUCUCCCAACAUCGUUUAUGCAACUUGGCUGCAGGAUGAACUGAAGGAUCCUCAUGGUUAUGACUGUGAUCCUGGGCAGCAGCUGGUUUUCCAUGGGCAUGCGUGUGAUCAGGGGAAGGUCCAGUGGACUUCUGUGCGUUCACUUCUGCCUGGCAGGUGCAGAUGGGCUUUGUCCCUGGAAUGUGGUCAAGAUCCCGACAGCAAGGUGUCCCAACUCUUCUCGGCUGUUUCCCCGCAGCUGCCAGGAGAGUGUUCAGUGGAAGCAGCCGCACCUAGGUGUGACCCGCAGCUGGACUACACUGUUACAAGCCGCAGGGCAUCGGGAUAUAGCUGUGGUGCCGGAUCUGGCAAAGUCUCGGAAACCCAGCAAGUUCAGUUUCAAGGCCACCUUUGCGGCUACGAUCUGAUCCAGUGGGAAGCAGCAGUUCUUUUGCAGGAGCCAGCCUCGGACCCAUCAUUAGCACUAUCCUGUAGAAUCAAGAGUCUGUCUCACAACUCAUUCUCUUGUGGUGAGAUUCCUGAAGGUGAAGAUCUACCACGUGGCUGCUUGCAAAUGCACCAGGCCGCAAGCUUCAGGAUUUGGGAGUGGCAGGAGAAGACCGCGCCAUUUGAGCCCACGGCGCGCCAAUGGAAAUCUGUCUACUCCAUGAAGCUCUUUGAGAAUGGCAUGGCGGCCGUUCGUCACCUUGGGAAAGAUCAAGUGGGAAAAUCCUACUGGUCGACUGGCUGGUUUACUGACGGCAAGUACCUGGAUGUUCGCAUGCCCAACAUGAUGGACAACGGGGCUCCGCGACCUGGAUUCUUCUUCCGGGUGCUUGAUGAUGACUCCCAAGGCUAUAAGUUCCUAUCAUCCAACAAGCUGUUCCGGCUGAAAGCAUCAAACACUUUGCCUUCCUGGUGGGUUUCAGCUUUCCAAGACAGGACGGCCUCCGGCAAGAUUGAUUCAUUGUGGCAAUGUGAGCUGUCACACUACGAGAACGGCACUUGCUACCAAGCCAAGGUCGGCGUAGCAGUUCAAAUUUUUCAAUCAUCCGAGGAAAUGUGCUCUAGCUGGAUCGUCAAUCUCAACAAGUCUGCUGACUUUGACUACUUUACCUACCUUCACUCUGCACACGAAGUUCAGACAUAUGCCAGCAAAGCAGAAUGUUUGCCAAUUGCAGCGCGCCACGAGCUCCAGUUAGAGAUUGCGGAGAUUCACAGCGCUGGUCCAGGAGCAUUUGUGGUGGCCAGCAUGGAAACGCGCUGCCGCCAAACCCUUCGUUUUGUAGCCAGCGCUGCAGAUCUCACCAAGUGUAAGAACAAAGCCGAUGCACAGUGGAAAGCUCGUCAAAGGCCGUUUUCAAAUCAACAUACUGGUACUGAUGACGAUGACGAAGACGAGGACCAUGAUGAGGACUACGACUAUGAUGAGGAUGAGAACUACGACGACUUUGACAGCAUGGAUGAAAUGGAUGACAGCAUGGAUGACACAAGUCAUGCAAUGGAAGAGGUCCGCAUGCUUUGGCAGUUUGCAGCCAUGGUUGCCCUAUGGCUUCCUGGCUUUCAGAUCAAGUUAGAGGUUUUUGGAGUCUUUCUUUCUUUGCUUGGGCCUACCUACACUAUCCGAGACGUGGACUUGGGCGAGCUGGACAGACACCUGAAUGACUUGGCCUUGCCAUGCUUCUCGCAGCCUGAGGUCCUCUUCUUUCUCAGCCUGCUUCAACCCACCGAAGCGGUCCGAAAUGCCUUGGAUGGACCCACCCUGGAGGGGCAGCCGGUGCAGCCAACGGUGCAGCCAACGCAGCCGCCAAACCAAACAGAGGAAUGGCGCCCGAGCACAGUGACUGAAGUGGGCAAGUGUUCCAUCAAGCUGGGCGACCACUUCGAUGCCGCAUCCAGCAUACUCUUGCCCUUAGACCUGGCCUGGCUUUCGGGCUCUGCGUUGAUCGCCUUGGCCCUGAUCCUCUGGACACCUGAUGGCCUCUCCACCAGAGCAGUGGGUGCCCACAGUGGAGAGGCGCCGAUGGACGAGGAAGGCGCAGAUGAAGGCGAAGGUGGAGAGGAUUCAAGGUCACCGGACUCCAAAGAUGCACCUGAAAGCACCUCAGGUGCGGAAACAGUUCAACGCCCGAAGCUCGAAGCCAUCGGUUGGCAUCGGGUGGCCUUUGACUCGAUCACCAGCCAUGCUGCGGGAAUCGUCGGCUUCAUUGGCUUUCAAAAGAUUGUCGUGUCGAGGAUUGUGGCGCUGAGCGAUGCAUGUGAUUUGUGGUCCAUAGAGAACAUUUUGCUCUACACCACUCUGGCGCUGUCCGUGGUUGCAGUUUUUGCCAGCUUCGUGUUCCUGGGCGUGGACUAUGCGCGGCGCUUGGCGAUCUAUGCGGCCCAGCGGAAGGGCUAUCAGCUCACGAUGGAGCCAAAGGACUUGAAAGACACAGGCCUUGGCAUUGCCAUCCUCCUCCUUGGUUUGCUGAUGCUGCUCCUCUAUGGAUGUGUGAUCGUCAAAGAAGCGGAAAACUCGGAUGCGAAGCAGCAGGAGAUAGUCAUCGACAAGCUUUGGGUGGCCGUGGAUAUUGCCGCGGGAGGCAUCGCAUUGGCCCUGUUCUAUUUCAACCUCCGUGGCCUGCACCGUUCGCCCAAGAUGCAGUUUGAUGCAGCAUGCCAUGGAGAACACAAGUUGACUCUGGAGGAGUUCUUGGAAGAGGAAUCCGGAAGAGGCAUGGAAACCAAUGUGUUUGGUGAUGGUGGUUCCUUGGCGAACUUCCUUCAAUGGCUUGCAGGAGAAGAUUUGGUCUUGCUGGCCUUCAAGGGCACUCGCCACGCCAUUUUUCCACAACAACGUCGUGGCCCUUUAGUGCACGUGGUUUGUGGUGUCCUGGCGAUUGGCGCCUUUCCACUCCUGGUGCAGCUGGGCGCCGAGCGCUUCUUCGGCUAUCCCGACCUGGUGGAGUUGAAAAGCACCACUGGCACCAUCGCAGAGAUCGAACUCGAUGGAGAGAUGAAGGGAGACAGUUGGUCACUUCGGACUUUGCAGACUUUGGUGAACCCCAAGCCACGGCCCAAGAAGUUUGUCUUCCUCGACGAUGAAAUGACCGCAAAACUCCAGGUGAGGACGACUUUCCGAAAGACCUCGAUGAUCCAGCUUUGCUGCGGCGGCAUUCCCUGCAGCAGAGGGAAAUUGAAACAUCGCUUGAUCAAGUUUUUCGACCAGCCGGUGGAUCUGGAUGUCCCGCCUGACGUGCCUAUUCGUUGCACCCUCACCUUGCAAGGCUUCAGUACCCGUGCAGUGACCGAGAUACCCGUGGAGCUCAAGCCAAAGCGAGAGCAUCACUUGUGUGACUGCAUGCGGGAGGGCUGCCAGUGCUGCGAUGGAUACAGCGGAUCAUUAAGCUUUCAAUUCGUGAGGUCGCGGAAUAUGCAGAUUUCGUCAAAGCACUACCGGAGCUUGAGCAAACUUUGUUCUGUCGUGCCCUGCGCCGUCCCAAACUCCAAUCGGAAGAAUGGGACCGAAUGUGCAUGUGAACCUGGCUAUACAGGCAACAUCACUUGGAAUGGUUCAGUUCCAGAAGGGGCUUGUGACCCCGCUCCUUGCGGUGUCAAGAAUGCCACCUUGCAAGCUGACAAAUGCAUUUGUGAUGAUGGUUUUGACGGCAAGGUCGAGUGGGGAGGUGGCAAGUGGAUUGGAGUAUGCCAAGCAGUGACUGAGUGUAACAUUUUCAACUCCAAUGGACGCCCAGGGAAGGAGUGUAAGUGCAGGGAUGGCUUCCGUGGCAGUGUUGACUGGCAUGGUCCCCAUGCAAGCGGUAAUUGCACAGAAGCCGCUUGCAACAUUCCCAAUGCUAAGGGCACUGGACCCCAAUGCGAAUGUGAGAACGGCUUUGCCGGAAAGAUCGUAUGGAAGGGUGAUAGUGCUGAUGGAAUGUGCACGCCUGCACCUUGUCAAGUUCCCAACUCCAACAUGAAGCCGGGUUCGCAGUGCAAGUGCUUAGAGUGGUACACGGGCAAGAUCCAUUGGCAAGGAGCAGUUGCUGACGGAAGAUGCAGCCCAAGGAAAUGUGUGGGCAAGCACCUGAACGGUAAGGAUGGACCAGAUUGCGCUUGUGCAGAUGGGUACAGUGGAACUGUACGACCAGCCAAGAUCAGAAACAGAGCCUUCUACACUGAAGCCGUCGAAGCUAUGUGUGAAGCUGCGCCUUGCCACAUCCAGCACUCCAACGGAGAACCAGGUCCUGCUUGCCGAUGUGCUGAAGGUUUUAAUGGAAGCAUCGUGUGGAAUGGGUCCACACCAAGCGGCAGGUGUGAAGCUUUGCCUUGCAACAUCGAGAACUCCAACAUGAUACCAGGUCCUAAGUGCCACUGCCUCUAUGGUUUUGAAGGCACAAUUACUUGGAAGGGAUCCAAGGCAAUUGGACCAUGCAAGCCUUGGCCUUGUGAAGGAGAUGGUGUCAAUGGUGAGCCUGGCCCCAACUGCAGCUGCAGAGCUGGUUUCAAUGGAACAACGCGAGCAACAACAAAGGAGGAAUUGCGAGAGGUGGCUGAUGACACUUCGUGGUACGGUGGUGGCACUACAUGGAAGAAAGUGGCACGUGAUGUGUUUCAAGGAGAGUGUCACCCCAUACCAUGCGACAUCCAAAAUUCCAACAAAGAAGCUGGCCCGAACUGUAGCUGCCGACAUGGCUUCAGUGGAAGCAUUGUCUGGAAUGGAUCGGCUCCAACCGGCAGUUGCGAAAUUGCUGCUUGCAACAUAUCAAAUUCCAAUAUGAAACCAGGGCCGGAGUGUAAAUGCAAGGAUGGCUUUACUGGCACGAUCCAUUGGCAUGGUGCAGAAGCAUAUGGAAGUUGCACCGCGAUCCCCUGUUUGGGCAACAAUGUCAACCAUCAGGAUGGGCCAGACUGCGGGUGCGCAGACGGUUUCAAUGGCACCGUGCUAAUAGAGGAAGUGCUCCGUGAGGAUGGCGAGGUCCUUAACUCAUUUGGAUUCUACAAAAAAGCAUGGAGAAUGGAUUAUGAAUACCAUGGAGUUUGUAGACCCGCACUGUGCAAUAUCGAACAUUCCAACCAAGUGGCGGGCCUAGGUUGCCAUUGCCAGGAUGGAUAUAAUGGUAAGAUCACUUGGAAGGGCAACACUUCCCAAGGGUUGUGCAAACCUGCUCCUUGCAACGUUGGCAAUUCCAACCGGAAGGCUGGCCCAGUUUGUGACUGCUUGGAAGGAUAUAGCGGCACCAUUUCCUGGACUGGUUCACAGCAUUCAGGAGCAUGCAGAGAGAUGCCAUGUGUUGGCGAACAUGUGAAUGGAGUCAGUGGGCCUGGCUGCAGGUGCAAAGAUGGCUAUGCAGGAACGGUCAAUGCAGAAGUCAAUCGAAACGACACUUCCCUGAUCUCAGUCUUGCAUGGAAACUGUACGCGCGCGCCUUGCAAUGUGAGCAACUCCAACCAUCUUCCAGGCACAUUGUGCCAAUGCCUCCCGGGCUACAUUGGUUCCAUCACGUGGAAUGGAUCGGUGGCAGGGGGCAGGUGCAUGCCUGCGCCAUGUAGAAUUCCACAUUCCAACCAGAAGAAAGGUCUCGCAUGCCGCUGCUUGGAUGGCUACAGUGGAGCUAUCUCCUGGCAGGCUUGGACACCAUCAGGGACUUGUGUAGCGGCACCAUGCCGAAUUCAACAUUCAGACUAUGCGGCAGGUCCUGAUUGCAGAUGCUUGCCUGGAUUUUCUGGCCAGAUCACAUGGACAGAAGAUAGCCCACAAGGAGAAUGCCUUCCCCUGCCAGUAUGUUCCAGAGAUGUGGUGCAUACGGCUUGGUUGAGGACCCAGCUGCAGGAUUCGCAAGGACAUACUUGUGAAGCUGGACAGCAGCUAGUGUUCCACGGGCACGAGUGUGCAGAUGGAGAUGGAAAGAUCCAGUGGAUGGUGGUAGAGUCUCAGCCAGUCGGAAGGUGCAAAUGGGACCUGUCAGAGGAAGAAGGAUCAACCUGUGGGCGCUUUUUCUUCCAUUCAUCCAAAGAAAACGUGAUGCAGCUCUUCUCAAAAGUUGUCCCGCCACCACCUAUGGAGUGCUCUCGGCAAGCAGCCCGACCUAGAUGUGACUCACAAAUCUUCUAUACCACGACCACCCGCAAGGCAUUGGAUUACAGUUGCAGUGAAGAUGUGGGCCACAUAUUGCCGGCGUCUCCUCAGCUUGUUGAGUUUCAAGGUGAGUUGUGCGGUUAUGACCUCAUCCAAUGGAAAUCCAUGAAGACGCUCUUGAAUCCAGAGAGUUCAACUAUUCCGCGAUAUGCGGGCAGUUGUGCGAUCAAGCCCCGUCAUCGUGGCUCAUCUUGUGGUGAGAUUCCUCAUGGUGAGCAUCUACCACAUGGGUGCUUACAUUUGUGGGAACCUGCAGUUUUCGAGUUGAGCCCAACUUGGAGGCCGCUGCACAAAGGUUCGAGCUACUCCCUAAAGUCCUUUGACCGCUACUCACUGAAGUUUUUCGACAACGGCAUGGCCUAUGCAUGUGGCAAUGCAAAACACAGUUGGUCAAUUAAUUGCCACUGGAUGACUGGCCCGCUUACAGAUGAAUGGCACCUCCAUUUUCAGAUGCCAGCAGCGUAUGAACAUGGGAUGGAGUUUGCCUUUCAGCGCGCAGAUGACGACGAACGCUCCGGUGAGAUGGGAGCUAGAUUCCAAGGACUAGGGAGAACCACAAAUCUCAAGCUCAUAUCGCAUGAUCCCUUACCCUCUUGGUGGGAUGCGGCCCACAAUGGGGCCAGGUCUCAUGACGGCAAUGUCGAGGCAUUGCUGUGGCAAUGCAAACUUUUCCAUUAUCAGAAUGGCAUUUGCUACCAAGCCACUGUUGGCGUGGGGGUGUGGGUGUUGGAAACCUCGGAGAGCACCUGCCGUGACUUGUUGGACGAUGUCAGUCAGGUUGUCGGAGGCAAGAGCUACUACACAUAUUCGCGAUCUGCACGUGGAAGUCAAAUCUAUGUGAACACAGAGGAGUGCCUGCCACUUGCAACCCGCUAUGAGCUGCAGGUGGAAGUUGUAUCCCUUUAUAGUGAUGUAGGGCCGGUUGUCAUGGAGGUUGCGAGUGCGGACACCCGCUGCCGCAAAACCCUUCGUUUUGUGGCGAGAGCUGAAGAUCUGAGCAGGUGCAAGCAUGCUCAGGAAGAAGACGAGAAUUUCCGUCGAAUCAAGAGCAUGUUCGACGUCACCGCAGACGAUGAUGAGGAAGGGGAUGGUAAAGCAACAAGUGAGAUUCAAUGAGGAAUGCAUUCGGUUUGAUGUCCCAGGCGCCAGGCAUAGACGCGCUGGCAGAUGCCAUCACUACCUGUCGAUGAGAACAGAAGAUUCUUGCUGAGAUGGCGGAUAUUUUUAUAAUGUCAUUCAAUUUCUUCAAAUGGGCAUUCUAGGAUUCGAAGGAGGAAGAUGUGAAGCAAAGCGAGGCCUGGGGCUGACAUCAAAGCGAACCGGUCCAGACCGACUCCCACGGCAUGCAGAAAAGUCCGUUGAUUUGCGCAUCGUAUCGAUGGAAUCGAUAUGUGCUUGGCUGGUCAGUGCUAACAGGAUGGGUGACAUGCGCU